CGGGCUCCGGCGUCCGCGGCUGACGAGGCCGGCCCGGGCUCGCCGCCUCUCUCGGCGCGCGGAGCCGGCCAUGGAGCUCUUCCAAGCCAAGGACCACUACAUCCUGCAGCGGGGCGAGCGCGCGCUGUGGUGCAGCCGCCGAGACGGCGGCCUCCAGCUGCGACCUGCUACUGAUCUACUUCUUGCCUGGAAUCCUAUUUGUUUGGGGUUGGUAGAAGGUGUUAUUGGAAAAAUUCAACUCCAUUCAGAUCUUCCCUGGUGGCUCAUUCUAAUUCGACAGAAAGCAUUGGUGGGCAAACUCCCAGGGGACCAUGAGGUCUGCAAAGUCACCAAGAUUGCUGUGUUGUCACUGUCUGAAAUGGAACCUCAGGAUCUUGAGCUCGAGCUCUGUAAGAAGCAUCAUUUUGGGAUUAACAAGCCAGAGAAGAUUAUACCAUCUCCUGAUGACUCUAAGUUUCUACUGAAGACCUUAACGCAUAUUAAAUCCAAUGUGUCUGCUCCUAAUAAAAAGAAAGUUAAGGAAAGUAAAGAGAAGGAGAAGCUGGAGAGGAGAUUACUUGAGGAGUUGCUGAAGAUGUUCAUGGACUCAGAAUCCUUUUACUACAGCCUCACCUACGACCUGACUAACUCGGUGCAGAGGCAGAGUGCCGGGAAGGCAGAUGGCCGUGCUCUCUGGCAGAAGGUUGAUGACCGAUUUUUUUGGAAUAAAUAUAUGAUACGAGAUCUUACUGAGAUUGGUACCCCAGAUGUGGACUUUUGGAUCAUCCCCAUCAUCCAAGGUUUUGUGCAGAUUGAAGAGCUUGUGGUUAAUUAUAAUGAAUCAUCUGAUGAUGAGAAAAGCAGCCCGGAGACCCCCCCGCAGGAGUCCACCUGCGUGGAUGACAUUCACCCUCGGUUUCUCGUGGCUCUCAUCUCCCGCCGCAGCAGGCACAGAGCAGGAAUGCGCUAUAAACGGAGAGGAGUGGAUAAGAACGGGAAUGUCGCUAAUUACGUGGAGACGGAGCAGUUGAUUCAUGUGCAUAACCACACCCUGUCCUUCAUCCAGACCCGAGGCUCCGUGCCCGUGUUUUGGAGCCAGGUCGGGUAUCGGUACAACCCCCGGCCUCGGCUGGACAGAAGUGAGAAGGAAACUGUUGCCUAUUUCUGUGCCCAUUUCGAAGAACAACUGAAAAUUUACAAAAAACAGGUUAUCAUUAACUUGGUAGACCAGGCAGGAAGAGAGAAAAUUAUUGGUGAUGCUUAUCUGAAGCAGGUGCUGCUCUUUAACAGCUCACAGCUCACUUACGUUUCCUUUGACUUCCAUGAGCACUGCCGAGGAAUGAAGUUUGAGAACGUUCAAACACUAACAGAUGCCAUUUAUGACAUUAUUCUUGACAUGAAGUGGUGUUGGGUUGAUCAAGCUGGGGUAAUCUGUAAACAAGAAGGGAUUUUCCGCGUCAAUUGCAUGGAUUGCCUGGAUCGCACCAACGUGGUCCAAGCCGCCAUCGCACGCGUGGUCAUGGAACAGCAGCUGAAGAAAUUAGGCGUGAUGCCCCCGGAGCAGCCACUGCCCGUGAAGUGUAAUCGGAUCUACCAGAUAAUGUGGGCUAACAACGGUGACUCCAUCAGCAGGCAGUACGCGGGGACGGCGGCUCUGAAGGGUGACUUUACAAGGACGGGAGAAAGGAAGUUAGCAGGAGUUAUGAAAGAUGGGGUUAACUCGGCGAAUAGGUAUUACCUCAACCGAUUUAAGGAUGCUUAUAGGCAAGCCGUUAUAGAUUUGAUGCAAGGCAUUCCGGUGACAGAAGAUCUGUAUUCCAUAUUUAACAAGGAGAAAGAGCACGAAGCUCUGCAUAAGGAGAAUCAGAGAAGCCACCAGGAGCUGAUUAGCCAGCUCUUACAGAGCUACAUGAAGUUACUCCUGCCUGACGAGGAGAAGUUCCACGGGGGCUGGGCCCUCAUUGACUGUGACCCCAGCCUCAUUGAUGCUACUCACCGAGAUGUGGAUGUGCUGUUACUGCUUUCUAACUCUGCCUACUACGUGGCCUAUUAUGAUGAUGAAGUUGAUAAAGUCAACCAGUAUCAACGGUUAAGCCUAGAAGACCUGGAAAAAAUAGAAAUAGGUCCUGAACCCACUCUUUUUGGUAAGCCCAAGUUCUCCUGCAUGCGAUUGCACUACAGGUAUAAAGAAGUGAGUGGUUAUUUCCACACACUGCGAGCUGUUAUGCGCAACCCAGAAGAGGAUGGAAAAGAUACGCUUCAGUGCAUCGCCGAGAUGCUGCAGAUCACCAAGCAGGCCAUGGGGCUGGAUGUGCCCAUCGUUGAGAAGAAACUGGAGAGGAAAAGCAGUAAGCCUCAUGAAGACAUCAUUGGGAUCAGAUCUCAAAACCAAGGCUCUUUGGCCCAGGGAAAGAAUUUUUUAAUGAGCAAAUUUUCAUCUCUAAACCAAAAAGUGAAGCAGACCAAAUCUAAUGUGAACAUUGGCAACCUGCGAAAGCUAGGAAACUUCACAAAACCUGAAAUGAAAGUUAACUUCCUAAAACCAAACCUAAAGGUCAAUCUUUGGAAGUCAGAUAGCAGCCUUGAGACCAUGGAGAGCACAGGCGCGGUGGAUAAUAAGGUGCAGGCGGAGUCGGAUGGGGACGUGUCUUCAGACAACGACUCGUACCACUCUGACGAGUUCCUGACCAACGCCUCGGCUGAUGGAGACAGGCAGCUGGCUAACUCCUUAGAGAGCGUCGGCCCCGGAGAUUACGUUCUUCCUAGCUGUGGGAUUAUUGCCUCGGCACCGCGCUUAGGCAGCCGGUCCCAGUCUGUCAGUGGCUCUGACAUCAGCAUCCAUGCCCCCUCGGAGAUCACUGUCGCUCACGGAAGUGGGUUUGGAAGAGGCCAGGAGUCUCCUCCGAAGAGAAGUCCUUCUGCCGACAACAUUCACACGCUGACUGGCUUUGCCAAGCCUGUGGAUGUUUACUGCCACAGGUUUGUGCAGGAUGCACAAAGCAAAAUGACCCUGCUCUCAGAGGCCAGCCCCACGCAUCAGCAGGCUAGCGAAGAGGGCAAUCCAAUGACCAAUCAAGUUUCGAAUGAAGAAACGCAGCCAGGACCCACGAACCAGAUGCCUUCGCGGCCCUCCCAGCUAGAUGUGGCGCUUUCUGCCACAGACUCACAGUUUCUGUCGGUAGAACCAGUGCGUUCAGUUUUAUCUCAAAAGACCCCCAGCUCCUGUUCCGGUGUGCUUGAACUUGAGACUGGGCUUCAUGUAACUCCUUCCCCUUCAGAGAGCAGUAGCAGCAGAGCAGUCUCUCCCUUUGCGAAGAUUCGAAGUUCCAUGGUCCAAGUUGCCAGUUUCACCCAAGCUGGACUCACCCACGGGAUAAACUUUGCGGUGGCCAAAGUGCAGAAGAGUCCCGCGGAGCCGGAGGUGGCUACUGAAGUCCAGCAGAGUGAACUGAGAAGUAUGUUCACGCAGUGCCAGACGCGGAUCAUUCAGAUCUAGGGCGUAGCCACAAAGGCUGGCUUGUGGCUUUUAUUUACGUUUGAAAAUUUUCACAUAGUAGGGAAUUUUAACUUGUACUGUCUAAUGAGUCAAGGGGUCACAAAUUAUGUUUAUUGGGAAGUUUUAAAAGGAGUCUGGACAUGAGCAGGUCUCCAGAUCUGACAGCCGGGCCUAGAGGUGUGCGUCUCCCCACGCUGUGUAGACCCAAGCAGCAGUAUACCACUGCUCAUUCAAGGGCAGUUCAGGAAGGCGCUUCGGGACAGAACCUGGAACUUUUUUGGAGUGGGUGGGUGGAGCAUAUCAGGUGAAUGGAUUAAGGAUGGACACGUUUAGGGGACUAGUGCUUUCUAGAAUUGUUAGUUCAUUCCUGUGUGUUAACCUCUACAAGGUAAAUUAUAUAGUUUUUGGUAACUCUAAAAAGUGUUACUCAUCAGGAGAAGCAUUUGAGUAUUAAAAUUGUUUACUUUUGAUGAUUUAACCAUUCCUUAUGAAGUUAAUUGAGGGUUACUGAUGCUAUAAGGAAGAAAUGUAUUCUCCUUUUUUCCCAUAUUCUACUUGAACAAAUUUUAAAUAUCCAGCCACCUAUAUACUCCCAGCCUAGCAGUGUUAAGACUUGCCCGUCAGAGGGUAACCCCGAGGGAUGAGCUGUGACCAGCACCUGUGGGGUUUCACCUCGGGAAUGUCACACUGGACAUGUGCAGAGCACUGGAAACUGAGGAAGUCUUCAUUUCAGUUUUCGCACAGGUGGAGGGACUCUCCUCAACAUCUUAGGUAGGCUAUCAGAACUAUUAAAAAUUCAGUUUAUAGCGGUUUUACAACUGUAAUCUAACCAUGUGGGACCAGAGCCUCUAACCCACACAGGAAGACGGUGCAUGGCCUAGCACAAGUAGCAGUGUGUGUCCUUGGAGCCUUAUCUGUUGAAGUGAUUCUCAGCUGAACAUUAUGUCUGUCGGGACUUUGAUGAGCAUUCCACUUUUGUUAUUUAUUAGUGUGCUUUUUUUCAAGUGUCAAAUCUUGUGACUAUUAAAAUAAAGUACCAUUGUAAUUUAA